CUGUUCCUCACUCCUAAGAGACAGGACAGAGUAUGGCGUUGGGGGAAGGAGGGUGCCUUGGAACAACACGUGGAAUCUCCAGCCUCACAGGUGCCACGAGUAUCAAUGGGGGGGAAGCAGGAGUGGAGAGAGGGGCUGGAGGUUGUAUCAAUCGCCAGCGUCCGAUGAGUUAGUUAAUCAUCGGACUGUGUACGGAAGCCUCUAUAAAACCCACAACGACAGGGUUCAGAGAGCGUCCAGUUGCUGGGGGAGUGGCGACCUCACAGAGGCAACGGAAGCUCCACGCCCCUUACUUCCUACCUGGCCCUGUGUAUCUCUUCUGUCUGGCUGUUCCCGAAUUACAUGCUUUUAAGUGAAACCAGUGACCUGAGCAUGCAGUGGUUUCCGCUGGAGGUGGCUCCUCCUGAGUCCCCAGGACCAGCCCUGUUUCUUCCAACCAUGUCGGCCCCCUUCAGUGACGCCCCUCGUGACUUAAACAUGAUGUGCAAGAGGACCUGGACCCCGGCUCUGCCCUGUCAGAUGCAGACAUGGUGCCUCUGCUGCUGCUGCCCCUGCUGUGGGGAGGGUCCCUGCAGGAGAAGCCAGGGUACGAGCUCAGACUGAAGGAAUCGGUGACAGUACAGGAGGGUCUGUGUGUCCACGUGCCCUGCUCCUUCUCCUACCCCUGGAAUCCGCAGUAUUCCUCUGGUGUACUCCACAUCUACUGGUACCGGAGUGGGGACAGCAUAACAUACGAUUAUCCUGUGGCCUCAAACAACCCAUAUAAACCAGCGAGGACUGAGACUGCCAACCGAUUCCGCCUCCUUGAGGACCCCAGGACCAACAGCUGUUCCCUGAACAUCAGCAAUGCCAGGAGGAGCGACACAGGAAGCUACUUCUUCCGAGUGGAGAGAGGAUAUGAUGUGAAAUAUAGUUACACAGAUAAAAAGUUGCAUUUGCAGGUGACAGCCCUCACAGAGGAACCCGACAUCCACAUUCCGGAGCCUCUGGAGUCUGGCCGCCCCACACGCGUGACCUGCAACCUGCCAGGGUCCUGCGAAGGGGGAAGACCUCUGACCUUCUCCUGGGUGGGGGCCGCUCUUGACUCGCUGAGCCCCCAGGCCCUUCGCUCCUCAGUGCUAAACCUCACCCUGAGGCCCCAGGACCACGGCACCAACCUCACCUGUCAGGUGAAACAGGAAGGAUAUACAGUGAUUACGGAGAGAACCAUCCUGCUCAAUGUGUCCUAUGCCCCAUGGAACCUCACCAUACGCAUCUUCAGAAAUGUCACAGCCUUCGAGAUUCUGCAAACCACUUCGCCCCUUCCCAUACUGGAGGGCCAGGCUCUGCGGCUGCUCUGUGCUGCUGACAGCAACCCCCCUGCAGAACUGAGCUGGUUCCGGGGGUCCCCAGCCCUGAACAUCACCCCCAUCUCCAGCACCGGGAUCCUGGAGCUGCUUCAAGUGGGGAGUGAAGAGGGAGAGUUCACUUGCCAUGCUCGGAACCUGCUGGGCUCCCAGUAUGUCUCUCUGAGCCUCUCUGUGCACUACCCCCCACAGCUGCUGGGACCCUCCUGCUCCUGGGAGGAGGAGGGUCUGCACUGCACCUGCUCCUCCCGAGCCCAGCCGGCCCCCUCCGUGCGCUGGCAGCUGGGAGAGAGGCUGCUGGAGGGGAACUUCAGCAACACCUCCUUCAAGGUCACCUUCAGCUCAGGGGGUCCCUGGACCAACAGCUCCCUAAGCCUCAGCGAGGGGCUCAGCUCCAUCCUCAGCUGCGAGGCUGGGAAUGUCCACGGGGCCCAGAGUGUCACUGUCCUGCUGCUGCCAGGGAAGUCAGUGUCCCUGGCGGGAGUGGUUCCUGGGGCUCUUGGAGGCGCUGGUGUCAUGGCCCUGCUGUCCCUAUGCUCGUGUCUCAUCUUCUUUUGCAUAGUGAAAGCCCGCAGGAAACAAGCGUCCAGGAGACUAAAGGGCAUGGAUGAUGAAGACGCUGUCAUGGGUACCAUGGCCUUGGGUUCAAAGCAAAAGCCGCAGCCAGAGAGCCCCCCAGAGCAAGCACUACCUGCCGGGGGUGUCCCUUCCUCAGGGGAGCAACAGGAGGAGCUCUACUAUGCAAACCUCAGCUUUCACGGGGUACAGUUGCGGGAACCUCAGGACCCGGCGGCCGCCAGCACCGGCGAGUACUCAGAGAUCAAUACGACAAGAUGAGGACCCACCCAGAGCUCAGUCUUGGCCGCAGGGAUCACAGCCCCUCUCAGGGAAAGAAACCAGGGACGAAUUGUGGUCGCAUGAGGAGCCCCUGUGGCAACAUUAACAGACAGGUGACAGGCCUAGAAAGACUUGGGCUCCACUGCAGGCUUUAGCGCUUCCU